CUUUCUAGCGGACAAAUUGGCAAAUUGGCCCUUUUCCCUCAUUCUCUUCUCUCAGGCCACCUUUCUUCUUAUCUUGGCUGGGCAGAUUCGGCAUUUAGUGAGCCAUGGCUCCUACGACAGAUAUCGACAGCUCGGAAGAUGUCAAUGACUUUCUUCUGCGCAUUCGGGAACUAGGAGAGAAGCGCGAUAAGGAGGAUGAGGAACGCACGAAAAAGUUGGAGGAGGAAAUUUUGCAGGGGCGCAAAGAGAGACAGGCCCGAAGAGCCGACUCCCCCGUUCUUGAUGCAGCUCGAUUGAGCAUAUCCUCGACUCUCAGCCACCGUGCGAUCGAACCUCCCGAACAAUUUGGACCAUCCCUCUAUACCCUGAGUCGGGACUCGGACAGCAGACCCGAGUCCAUUGGGGAUGACACAUCAACAACCACGGACGGCGGCCGGAGAGGAUCCACACUGACCGGAGUCGAUGGCGAGUUACCAUCUAAACCCUUCUCACCUUUACGGAGUAGAACGGGGACUCUGUCCUGGCAGCAAAGGCCAACAUCUCGUGAUAGCAACAGACAAUUUUUUUCAUCAUCUCCUUCCAGAUGGCGAGCCUUGUCCACGGCUUCGACAGAUGAGCAGAAUGCGAAUCGGAACUCAUUCGCAGCCUCACCCACAUUCAAGGAUAUUUCGUGGGCGCGCCAGACAGAAGGAAGCGUUUCCCCAACCCGCAGCAAACAUAUGGAGGACGAGAGGCCAAGAACACCGGUUUCCGAAGCCAGUUUCCAGCCCCAAGAAGCCGAAAAGGAAUCCACCCCAGAACCUAAAAAGGAGAUCGAUCACCUAGAGAGCGUUGAGGGACGAUCUCGAUCGCCAUCUAGAGCCAGUUCGACCUUUGCAGAAAGUACUUUAGGUCACCGAUACUCAAGCGUUUCUUCUGUCUCUACCGCGACAGGGCUCGGCUCCCCGCUGCCUCUGACAAGCGCUCAGAAGCUGGAACCCCGUAAGCCCGAAGAGGUACUCGAGGAUCAGAUGUCUGUUCCUCCUUCUCCGAGGCGGCUUUCUCCGGAACGGUCGACGUCACCAACAAAGGGUCUCGGCGGAUUUGUGCAGAGCGCCAUGAUGAAGCGA